AUGGCCUCCACAGAGGCGAAUCAGGCUGGGACCCCUGCCCUCACUCCAGAGGAAGAGUCGAAGAUUUUGCAGCAGGUCGAGUUUUAUUUCUCCGACUCCAACCUGCCCCGCGAUGCUUUCAUGCUGGAACAGUCCAAGGCCCACCCCGAGGGCUUCGUCCCCCUCCGCGUCAUCUCCCUGUUCUCCCGCAUGAAGACCCUGCUCAAGCUGGACAAGGCCUGCAAGCAGGUCCCGCCCGCCCUCAUGGACGUCAUCGUGGGCAUCGUCAAGCGCUCCAGCGUCCUGGCGCUGAACGAGGAUGCCACUGCCGUCAAGCGCGUGGAGGACCUCCCCCCCGUCGAGGAGCUGUCGAAGAAGACCGACGAGCAGUCCCUGUAUGCGUCGCCCUUUCCUUUCGACACCACCCUGGACCAGCUCACGGAGUUUUUCAGCAGAGUGGGCGAGCUCAGGAGCGUCCGCAUGCGGCGCUUCCUGGCCAGCAAGGACUUCCGCGGCUCGGUAUUCCUGGAGUUCUCCAGCCCCGAGGAGGCCGCUCGGGUGGCGGGCCAGUCGCUGGUCUUCCAGGGCGCCCCUCUCCAGCUGGAGCCCAAGCUGAGGUACGGUGCCACCUCUGGCGUGGCCCGGUUCGGCGAGCCGGAACAGGCGCAGCAUGCUGUGAAGGACGUGGACGCCGAGGGGCGGCGGAUGGUGGCGGGGUACCAGGCCGUUGUGCGGGUCCUCACCGGCGACGAGGAGAGGGAAUUGGUUAUGCUCUGGGAAUGGUGUCAUUGA